AGGCCAAUUGGCGAUAGCAGCUGACGCCUACGUCACGUAUGUGAUUUCUCUCUCCCAAGCAGUUCAUUAAGCGGGCCAUAGCAGCUGAUGCCUACGUCACGUACGUGAUUUCUCUCUCUAAGCCGAAGCCUACUGCAGUGAUAGUUGAUCAGUGGUCGUAGACGCUUAGCAGCCUGCUGAAACAUGCCUUCCAAGGGAAACACCAAAAGCAAAAGAUUCCUAGUUCGAUACACCAACUGCUUGUUGUUACGCGACCAUCAGCUUAUUCGAGAAAAUCUCUGGAGCCGUGAUGGCAUCAUUAUUAAUCCUGAGAAAAUCUUCUUCGAUGAGCGAUCUGUGGCAGAUAUCUGCAUUGAUUGUCAAGGAUGCAUCAUCAGCCCAGGAUUCAUUGAUGUCCAAAUAAAUGGUGGCUUUGGUGUAGACUUCUCCCUUGACACUGCUAACGUUGAAGCAGGAUUACAAACGGUUUCCAAGGGCCUCCUCUGUCAUGGUGUCACAUCCUUCUGUCCGACCAUCAUCACUUCGUCAUCCAAGCAGUACAAACAGAUCCUUACGAGGGUCCAGAAGACGGAGGGGAGUGAAAAUGGUGCUGGAAUAUUAGGUCUUCAUUUGGAAGGUCCGUUCAUCAGUAAGGAAAAGAAGGGAGCACAUCCUGAAGGUUUGAUUGCUGAAUUCAGAAGAGGAUUUCAGGAUGUCCUGGAUAUGUAUGGGUCACUCAACAACGUUGCUAUCCUAACCCUUGCCCCUGAGCUGGAGCAAGCUCCUGAUGUGAUUCGAGAGCUGUCGAGGAGAGGUGUCAGAGUAGCUGUUGGUCAUUCCGUGGCCAGCCUGGCCCAAGGAGAGGCUGCAUUUGAUGCUGGUGCAAAGUUCAUCACACAUUUGUUCAAUGCCAUGUUACCAUUUCAUCAUCGUGAUCCUCAUCUGGUCGGACUCCUGGCAACUGAUCAUGAGGUUUAUUAUGGUGUCAUUGCGGAUGGUAAACAUACACAUGCUGCUGCUUUAAGGAUAGCCUACAGGGUGAAUCCAAAAGGUUUGGUGCUGGUAACUGAUGCCGUUCCAGGUCUGGGUCUUCCUCCAGGCCCCUACACGAUAGGGACACAAGAUGUCGAGAUAAAGGAUGACAAAGCUGUGAUUGCAGGGACUGAUACUCUCUGUGGUAGCAUUGCGUCGAUGGACUUCUGUGUUAAACAUUUCCAUGCGUCAACUGGAUGUUCUCUCGUCGAAGCUUUAGAAGCAGCCACGGAAACACCCGCAAAGAUGUUAGGAAUAACACAGAGAAAGGGAACGUUGGGCUUUGAUUCGGAUGCGGACUUUGUACUUCUUGAUAAGGACUUAAAUCUAUUAGCUACGUUCAUUGGAGGUGCAUGUGUCUGGGAAAAACAUGAAAAUGUGACUAUCACAACAUAUGCUGAUGAUGAUUAGACAUUCCAAGGAGUAUUUGCUCAAACCUCCUAUGCAGCGUUCAAUGAAAACUCUGUCAGAAUUCAGAAUCACUAUUUUGACUUUGGUGCUUUCUCUAAUAUUAAGACUAUUUAAAUGUACUGAGGUUUUGAUUCUACAUUCUUUCAAUUCUUCAAAUCCAUCAGCUGGCCGUCGUAUUGAUUGCAAGGUAGAAAAUGUAACAGUGUUUACAUGUCCAUGUUAAUAUUUGUGGUCCUCUGCAUCAGGAACCAAGCUGACUAUCAGCCGGUAGUUUGGAUAAAUGCUAUUGACUCUUGGUUUCAAGGGUCUCUUUCAAAGUGCUGAAAAGAGCACAGUAGCUGUAAUUUGUAUAGCUUUAAUAAAUCAAUGAAUAAUUAGAUUCAGUUGUAAA